AUUUUUGCUGGUGGGGAGGUAAUCGGGUGGCUGGCUACUGGGGGAGCGGCUUCCUUUCCUUUGGAGAUGAUUGUGCUGUUAUUCUUUGCCUUGCUCUGGAUGGUGGACGGAGUCUUUUCCCAGCUUCAUUAUACAGUGCAGGAGGAGCAGGAACAUGGCACUUUCGUGGGGAAUAUCGCCGAAGAUCUGGGCUUGGACAUUACAAAACUUUCAGCUCGCAGGUUUCAGACUGUGGCCAACUCACGGACCCCUUACUUGGACCUCAAUCUGGAGACCGGGGUUCUGUAUGUAAAUGAAAAGAUCGACCGUGAGCAGAUCUGCAAGCAGAGCCCCUCUUGUGUCCUGCACCUGGAGGUCUUUCUGGAGAAUCCGCUGGAGCUGUUCCGAGUGGAAAUCGAAGUGCUGGACAUCAAUGACAACCCUCCCUCCUUCCCAGAGCCGGACCUGACAGUGGAGAUCUCAGAAAGCGCCACGCCAGGAACCCGUUUUCCCUUGGAGAGCGCCUUUGACCCAGACGUGGGGACCAACUCAUUGAGAGACUAUGAGAUAACCCCGAAUAGCUAUUUCUCCCUAGACGUGCAGACCCAAGGAGAUGGUAACCGUUUCGCUGAGCUGGUGCUGGAGAAACCACUGGACCGAGAACAGCAAGCGGUGCACCGCUACGUGCUGACCGCGGUGGACGGAGGAGGAGGGGGAGGAGGGGAAGGAGGGGGAGGCGGUGGGGGAGCCGGCCUGCCCCCUCAACAACAGCGCACUGGCACGGCCUUGCUCACCAUCCGAGUGCUCGACUCCAACGACAAUGUGCCCGCUUUCGACCAACCAGUCUACACUGUUUCCCUACCAGAGAAUUCACCCCCUGGCACCCUAGUGAUCCAGCUCAAUGCCACCGACCCCGAUGAAGGCCAGAACGGCGAGGUCGUGUACUCAUUUAGCAGUCACAUUUCGCCCAGGGCUCGAGAGCUGUUUGGACUUUCUCCUCGCACCGGCCGGCUGGAGGUGAGCGGAGAGCUGGACUAUGAAGAGAGCCCAGUAUACCAGGUGUAUGUCCAAGCCAAGGACUUGGGUCCCAAUGCUGUGCCUGCACACUGCAAGGUGCUGGUGAGAGUGCUGGAUGCCAACGACAACGCACCGGAGAUCAGCUUCAGCACUGUGAAAGAGGCGGUGAGCGAGGGUGCCGCCCCUGGCACGGUGGUGGCUCUGUUCAGCGUGACCGAUCGAGACUCAGAGGAGAAUGGGCAGGUGCAGUGUGAGCUGCUGGGAGAUGUGCCAUUCCGCCUCAAGUCUUCCUUCAAGAAUUACUACACCAUCGUGACCGAAGCCCCUUUGGACCGAGAGGCUGGAGAUUCCUACACCCUGACAGUGGUGGCCCGCGACCAGGGCGAACCUGCACUCUCCACCAGUAAGUCGAUCCAGGUUCAAGUGUCAGAUGUGAACGACAAUGCGCCUCGCUUCAGCCAGCCAGUCUACGACGUGUAUGUGACAGAAAACAACGUGCCAGGUGCCUACAUUUACGCGGUGAGCGCCACAGACCGCGACGAAGGGGCCAAUGCCAAAUUAACCUACUCUAUCCUGGAGUGCCAGAUCCAGGGCAUGAGUGUCUUCACCUAUGUGUCCAUCAACUCAGACAACGGCUACUUGUACGCCCUGAGAUCCUUCGACUAUGAGCAGAUCAAGGACUUCAGUUUUCAAGUGGAAGCCCGGGACGCAGGCAGCCCCCAGUCGCUGGCAGGCAACGCCACCGUCAACAUCCUGAUUGUGGAUCAGAAUGACAACGCCCCCGCCAUCGUGGCGCCCCUGCCAGGACGCAACGGGACUCCAGCCCGCGAGGUACUGCCUCGCUCUGCCGAGCCGGGCUACCUACUUACUCGCGUGGCCGCAGUGGACGCAGACGACGGCGAGAACGCCAGGCUCACCUACAGCAUCGUGAGGGGCAACGAAAUGAACCUAUUCCGCCUGGACUGGCGCACGGGAGAGCUCCGCACCGCGCGCCGUGUCCCAGCCAAGCGCGACCCCCAGCGGCCUUAUGAGCUGGUGAUCGAAGUGCGCGACCAUGGGCAGCCACCCCUGUCCUCCACGGCCACCCUGAUUGUUCAGCUGGUGGAUGGAGCCGUGGAGCCCCAGGGCGGGGGCGGGGGCGGAAGUGGAGGGCCCGGGGAGCACCAGCGCCCCAGCCGCUCUGGUGGAGGGGAAACUUCAUUGGACCUCACACUUAUCCUCAUCAUCGCGCUGGGCUCAGUGUCCUUCAUCUUUCUGCUGGCCAUGAUCGUGUUGGCGGUGCGCUGUCAAAAGGAGAAAAAACUCAACAUCUACACCUGUCUAGCUAGUGAUUGCUGCCUCUGCUGCUGCUGCUGUGGCAGUGGGGGCUCCACCUGCUGUGGCCGCCAAGCCCGAGCGCGCAAGAAGAAACUCAGCAAGUCAGACAUCAUGUUGGUGCAGAGCGCCAAUGUCCCUAGCAACCCGGCCCAGGUGCCUGUGGAAGAGUCCGGGAGCUUUGGUUCCCACCACCACAACCAGAACUAUUGCUAUCAGGUCUGCCUCACCCCAGAGUCAGCCAAGACUGACUUGAUGUUCCUGAAGCCCUGCAGCCCAUCACGGAGUACAGAUGCUGAGCAUAAUCCCUGUGGAGCCAUCGUCACCGGUUACAGCGACCAGCAACCAGACAUCAUUUCCAACGGAAGCAUUUUGUCCAACGAGACUAAACACCAGCGAGCAGAGCUCAGCUAUCUAGUUGACAGACCUCGACGAGUCAACAGUUCUGCAUUCCAGGAAGCUGACAUUGUAAGCUCUAAGGACAGUGGUCAUGGAGACAGCGAACAGGGAGACAGUGAUCAUGAUGUCACCAAUCGUGGUCAGUCAGCUGGUAUGGAUCUUUUCUCCAACUGCACCGAGGAAUGUAAAGCUCUGGGCCACUCAGACCGAUGCUGGAUGCCUUCAUUUGUCCCUUCGGAUGGACGCCAGGCUGCAGAUUACCGCAGCAACCUGCAUGUCCCAGGCAUGGACUCAGUUCCAGACACCGAGGUCUUUGAACCUCCAGAAGCGCAGCCUGGAGCAGAGCGGUCCUUCUCCACCUUUGGCAAAGAGAAAGCCCUGCAUGGCACCCUGGAGAGGAAGGAGCUGGACGGAUUACUGUCUAAUACACGAGCGCCUUACAAACCACCAUAUUUGAAUCAUUUCCACCCUCUUUCUUGUUUUGCACAUUGGAAGUAAACCCAUUUAUACAUUUGUCCAUCAUAAGAGUCUAACAAAAGAAGAUAAUCAAUUAAAAUCUAAGUAGAAUUAUUCAAUGGAAAAGGAACGCCUACAUAUGGAAUUAUCUUUUCCUUCUUCAUCAUACUGAGGAUUUCUGAAUCAACAUAUGAAUACUUUAAGUUAUAAAUAUUCUGUAGAUAAUCCUGGAAUAUGCAAAUUGAUUUGCCUAUAAAUAUCAUUAAACAAUAUUUAAUACACA